GACUGCAGUUCAUAUGAUCAUAUCACUCAUCAGAAAAAACAAUUGCAGAGAAUCCCCAUCCUCUCCCAUUGCGUUAAGUUCCUGCGAAACCAACUACAUUUGAUAGCAAAUUCUCAUGGCCUCCGCUCCUUCAAAGCUCUAUGCAGAUGACGUCAGCCUCCUGGUGGUACUGUUGGACACUAACCCUUUCUUCUGGAGCUCUUUCUCUUUCCCUUUCUCCAAGUUCCUGUCUCAUGUACUUACGUUUCUGAACUCGAUCUUAGUUCUGAACCAAUUCAACCAAGUGGUGGUGAUUGCUACAGGGUGCAAUUCCUGCGACUACAUCUAUGACUCGUCUAUGGCGACGAGCCCCAGUAUCGAGAGCGGAAGCAUGCCCGCCCUCUGCUCCGACUUGUUGCAGAAAUUGGAAGAGUUUGUGACCAGGGACGAGCACUUGGGCAAGCAAGACUCUCUAGGACCCACCACGUCUUCGCUGCUAUCGGGCUCCUUGUCUAUGGCUCUUUGUUAUAUACAGAGGGUUUUUCGUUCGGGACCACUCCAUCCGCAGCCUAGAAUUUUAUGCUUGCAGGCAUCCUCAGAUGGACCAGAACAAUAUGUUGCAAUUAUGAAUGCAAUAUUUUCAGCGCAGCGCUCUAUGGUUCCUAUAGAUUCUUGUUAUAUAGGUUCUAACAAUUCUGCCUUCCUCCAGCAGGCUUCUUACAUAACUGGUGGUGUGUAUCAGAAACCCCAACAACUGGAUGGGCUGUUUCAAUAUCUCUUGACAGUUUUUGCGACUGAUUUGCAUUCUCGUACCUUCUUACAGCUUCCUAAGUCUGUUGGUGUUGACUUCCGUGCCUCGUGCUUUUGCCAUAAAAAGACAAUCGACAUGGGCUCUAUAUGUUCUGUAUGCUUGUCCAUAUUCUGUAAGCAUCACAAGAAAUGUUCGACCUGUGGGUCAGUAUUUGGUCAGGCUCACUCAGACGUUGCAUCGGUUUCCAAUCUUAAGAGAAAGACCCCAGAAACAUAAUCUACAGUGUAAUAUAUUGUGUUAUUGAAACUGUAUGUCUGAUUUGCAUUUCCUAGCAAUAGGUUUUGUCAGCCUUCUUGUCUUGAGCGGCUUGGGAACCUGAAAUAUGUUUGGCAAGACAAUUUUAGGUCUACAUCACCAAUUUUGCACCCAAUAGCCUUGGAUCGGAGUAGAGCAUAUUUAAAAAAGAAAUUGUUUUAGGAAGGAGCAAUGGUUAUGUUGCAAGUAACAAACUGUGCUAAAUGAGAGCAGCUGUACAAAAAGGUGCUUGACAAUUUUGGAUCUUGUGUAUUAAUUUUAUGUCGGCAAAGCAUAUUGCUUCUAUA